GCAAAUUUGGUAUUGUUUUAUUCCAUUUCUUUUAUAUAUUUAGAAUUUUCCUGUUAAAAAAUUAACAGCGUUACAUAUUUUUUCUGUAAAGGCAAGUGCUCAGUAGAAGAGUCACAUCAGAGUACCACCAAGGAUGGGCCGAAUGACAGAAUAAACGAGAAUCAUGAUGUUAUACUCUCUUGGAUCUAAUGGAAGUUAUCAAUUAGGACUAGAGCAUGAGGAAGACAUAUCAAAACCAGAGAAGGUGAAUUUUCCUGAACAGCCGAAGCAAAUUGCCUGUGGUGGAAAUCACACAUUAAUCCUUGAUCAGCAUGGUCAACUUUGGGCUUGCGGGGAUAAUAGAAUGCUACAGUGCUGCCAAACAUCUGAUAGCAAUAUAACAGAUGGGUCCAUUAACCGCUUAAAACCGAUUGAAUCGAGUUACAUUCAUGAAUUUCACGUUAUCAAUAGAAUUUACUGGUCUAUGAUAGCCGUUGGUUGGGAGUUUAGCGUCUUGGUGGAAAAAGACAGAAGGACUGUUUGGACGUGUGGCGCUGGUCCACAGGGAGAACUUGGCCAGGGAGAAGUUAGAGCGUCUUCUUUGACGAAAAUUAUGAUCCCUUACCUUGAUGAAAAUGAAAUCAUUUUAGACAUCUCUUCAAGUGUAAAACACUGGGUCUGUAUUACAAACAAAGGUAAUGUUUAUGGUUGUGGAGAUGGACGCAAGGGUCAACUAGGACCAGCCGUCCCAAAAAUGACUAACAGAGUUCAAUUUUUGGCUCAGGUAGAACAUGCUACCAAGGUUUGUUGUGGACUUCAGUUUUCUGCAUUCCUCCAGGAAACAGGUCGUGUAAGUAUAUUAGGAGGUGAUCGUUGGAAUCUUUCUGAAGAAUGCGUUCAAUGGCAGAAUAACAAUCCAAGUCUUUCAGCUCUUAUCGUUGAUAUAUCUUCGAAUUGGUCUACUUUGUCUUUAUUAGAUUCAAAUGGAAGAAUAUAUGCAUUUGGUAGAGGAGAUCGUGCCCAAAAAGCACAUACUGUGCAGAAUGAUACACUAGCUAUUGCUGGAGGUAGUGAGCACAAUAUUGUGCGAACAAAAAAUAUGGAAGCAUAUAUUUAUGGAUGGAAUGAGCAUGGAAAUGCAUUUAAUGAAGAUCGUCAAGACGUUUACCAGGCUAAAAAUUUGGGAUUGCCAGGAAUGGUAACCUAUGUAGCAGCAGGAUAUGCGACGACAUGGAUAGUAACAGAAAAUGAGUAAGUAAACACCUUGUUAUGAAUUAAGGUUGAAUACUUACCAUAGUUAAAUAAAAGCUUUAUGAUAGUAUAGCUGAGUAAUAUGUACGGUUAAGAAUGAUUCGUCUUAUGAUCGAUAGAGCGCUCACUGUAUAGCAAAUAUUUUAUACCAUAAUGAAAUAAAUAUGUAAAUUUUAUUCUAUA